CACCAUCAUCAACUCACUCCGUCCUGGCUGGCGAGGUGAGCCAGGCGAGAGCGAGAGAGAGAGAGAGAAGAGGCAUCGAGGCCGCGGCGGCUGCUUGUUUUUGUUGCCUUGCUCCCGCUCCAAUUUAUGGCGAUUUAAUGCCACCAGCAAGGAGUUGGAUGCCGAGCAGUGGCCGCAUCAAUGGCGUCGCCUAAAUCCAAGUCUCACUGCUAGCCUCCUUCUAGCUCCCUCUUGCUCAUUUCUCCUCGUCUUUCUUUCCUUCUCCUCCGCCGCCGUCGCCAUCCGCGCAUUUCCUUUCACACUUCUUCUUCUCCGUCUCCAUUCUGGUUUCUUGGAGCACCACCCGAGAAAUGCUAUUUUUCUUUUCCAGUUGUAGUCUUGUCUUGAUGUGUUGACAUCUCUGCUCCGCCAUUAAUUCCUCCCUCCUGCUGCAGCUGCUGACUCGCUGCCAGCUGGCGAGCCAGACACGAAAUCGGAGUGUUCGAAUUCAAAUCCCCUUCUUGUUGAGAGCUCGAGGAGGUCGGAGGCAUGGGGGCGGAGCCGCUGGUGCACAAGGUUCUCUCUAUGGCGACGUCGUCGUCCUCGUCCAAGAAGGUGAGGCCGGUGGCGAGUGCCAAGGGCGGCGAGGCGGCGGAGUUCGGCAGGGUGGGCAUCCUGUCGUUCGAGGUGGCCGACGCCAUGUCGCGCGCCGCCAACCUCUACCGCUCGCUCUCCGACGCCGAGGCGGCACGCCUGCUUGGGCCGCUCUGCCUCGGCUCCCACGCCGUGCGCGCGCUCGUCCCCGGCGACGACGCGCGGCUCCUGGCCCUCGCGCUCGCCGAGAAGCUUGACGCGCUUAACCGCGUCGCCGCCGUGGCCUCGCGACUCGGGCGACGGUGCACGGUCCCAGCGCUCCUGGGGUUCGAUCACGUCUACGCCGACCUCCUCGCCGGCCGCUCGGACACCGCCGCGGCCGCCUUCGCGGUGGCCUCCCCUUCCGACGCCACCUCGCUCGUCCGCAAGCUCGACCGUCUCGCGGCCGCCACGGCCGCGCUCUGCGCGGAGCUCGAGGCGCUCACCGAGCUCGAGCAGUCGGCACGGAAGCUCCCCACCGACGAAGCCCGCCGCGCGCUCGAACAGCGCACGCGGUGGCGCCGUCACGACGUGCGCCGGCUGAGGGAUUCGUCUCUCUGGAACUGGACCUACGACAAGGCCGUGCUCCUGCUCGCGCGCGCCGUCUGCGCCAUCUACGACCGCAUCCGCCUUGUGUUCGGUGACCCUAUGCUCGGGCUCGACUUGCUGGCUACUACCCGGGAGUCACGGCAAUGUGACCAAAGCCGUCAACUUUCCGGUCCAGUGACAGCAAAUUCAGGUCCUGUCCGGGCCAAUUUCAGUGAUACCAAGUCAGGGCCAAUUGCCAGAGUCGAUAUGGAUACGCCGCGCUCAGUGAAUCUCCGGUCUAAUUGCGGAGCAAGCCCGGGGAGGAUGUUCAUGGAGUGUUUGAGCUUGAGUAGCUCGGUAUCAUGGAAGGAUGGGUUUGAGGAUGAGUUCUUGGAGGAUGUGAGCUGCAUUAGCACGAUCAGGUCGGGGAUGCUCGUUCCAUUCAGCGGUGAGCAGGGGGUGUCCACAACAACAGCCAAGAGCGGCAAGAUUGGCAGAAGAGCGCGGUUUGGUCCGAAGAGCACCGUGACAUCACUUGCGCCGCCAUCCACAAUUGGUGGCUCAGCCCUUGCAUUGCAUUAUGCAAAUAUCAUUAUCAUCAUCGAGAAGUUGCUUCGGUACCCACAUCUUGUUGGUGAGGAGGCACGGGAUGACCUGUACCAGAUGCUGCCCUCUAGUUUGAAGGCGGCAUUGAGGAAAAAUCUGAAAACAUAUGUCAAGAACAUGGCGAUCUACGACGCGUUCCUCGCACACGAUUGGAGGGAGACUCUUGAGAAGACAUUGGCAUGGCUUGCUCCGAUGGCCCACAACAUGAUCCGGUGGCAGGCUGAGAGGAACUUUGAGCAGCAGCAGAUUGUGUUGAAAGGGAAUGUAUUGCUGUUGCAGACAUUGUAUUUCGCCGAUCGGGAGAAGACUGAGGUUGUGAUCUGCGAAUUGCUUGUCGGGCUAAAUUACAUCUGCCGGUACGAGCAGCAGCAGAACGCGUUACUUGACUGCUCAAGUAGUCUUGACUUUGAUGAAUGUGUGGAGUGGCAACUUCAGUAGAGUCCAAGGUCAGGUUUCUGCUCUGUUCCAUAGUGUGUAAGUGAUAUGAAAGAACAAAGGGUACUUGUGUUUUGGUUUGUUUCUUUCCCCCCUUCUUUUUUUCGUGCAUGUUGCACAUGAGAUCAUCUACUGAAAAGAUGCUCAUUCUAACUCCGGUUGUACAUACUUUUGUUGAAUCCAUGUGUCAAGCAAUCUGAAAACAGGUUUCUUUCAUAGUAAA